ACGCGCAUCUCCCUAUAGGAGUGCAGUCCGACCGGAUGAGUUACUCGGUGGACUCCGCGAUCGGGAGCCCCUUUCGGAGAGUCAUGGAUGGCAGGACGACCAACUACAGCUACAGCCGCUCCGGCGGGACCCCCUCCAGCGGAUACCGCUCCCAGUCUUGGUCCAGGGCUAGCCCGGGCUCCACGAUGACCACCUCCUACAAGAGGAGCGCGAACGUGCCCGUCUCCAGAGCCUACAGCUCCACGGUGCUCAGCUCCGCCGACAGCGUUGACUACAACCAGACCUCCCUCCUUAACGGAGACUACAAGCGCUCCAACGAGAAGGAGCAACUCCAAGGGCUGAACGACCGCUUCGCCGUUUACAUCGACAAGGUGCAUUACCUGGAGCAGCAGAACAAACAGAUCGAGGAUGAGAUCCAGACGCUGCGGCAGAAACAGGUGUCCCGCUCCCAGCUGGGUGACCUCUAUGACCAGGAGCUGCAGGAGCUCCGCGGCAUGCUGGAGCAGAUCCACCACGACAAGGCGCAGAUCCAGCUCGAUACCGACCACAUCGAGGAGGAUAUCCAGCGGUUGCGGGAGCGCCUCGACGAGGAGGCCCGCAUCCGCGAGGAGACGGAGGCCAUCAUCCGCGUCCUGAAGAAGGACAUGGGCGACUCGGAGCUGGUCAAGUCCGAGCUGGAGAAGAAAGUUCAGUCCCUGCAGGACGAGAUCGCCUUCAUCCGCAACAACCACGAGGAGGAGGUGAACGACCUGAUUGCCCAGGUGCAGGCGUCACAGAUCAGCAUGGAGAGGAAGGACUUCCAGAAAACAGACAUCACCGAGGCUCUCCGGGAGAUCCGCUCGGAGCUGGAGGGUCACUCCAACCAGAACCUGCAGCAGGUGGAGAACUGGUUCAUGUGCCGCUACGCGAAGCUGACGGAGGCUGCGGAGCAGAACAAGGACGCCAUAAAGUCUGCGCGGGACGAGAUCUCAGACUACCGCCGCCAGCUGCAGUCCAAGACGGUGGAGCUGGAGUCCGUCCGCGGCACCAGAGAAUCGCUGGAGAGACAGCUGAAUGACAUCGAGGACCGCCACAACGGCGACCUGGCCAGUCUGCAGGAAACCAUUCACCAGCUGGACAAUGAGCUCAAGAGCACCAAGUGGGAGAUGGCGCGUCAUCUGCGUGAGUACCAGGACCUGCUCAAUGUCAAGAUGGCCUUGGACAUUGAGAUUGCUGCAUACAGGAAACUCCUUGAGGGAGAGGAGACCCACUUCAGCACUUUUCCCUACCGCCAGGCUGUCACCUCCUCCAAGAUUUCCAAACCAAAAUUUGAAACUCCCAAGCUGAAGGUGCAGCACAAGUUUGUGGAGGAGAUCAUCGAGGAGACCCGGGUGGAGGAUGAAAAGACCGACAUGGAUGACGCCUUAGCCGAGAUCGCCCAGGAGCUGUCUGCCAAACUGGGAGAUGGAGGGGAUCAAGAAGAAGAUGAGGGAGAGGAGGCUGGAGAGGCAGAUGAGGUAGAGGCCGAAGGCGAAGAGGGAGGCGAGGUAGAGGAGGAAGCCGUAGAAGCCACUGAAGCAAAAGUUAGUGCCAGCGCACCUGUCGAGGAAGAGGAAGAGGGCGACGAAAAGGGGGGUGAUGAAGAUCAGGAGGAAGAGGGAGAAGGCGGCGAGGAGGGAGAAAAGGAUGAAGAAGGUGAGGACAAAGAGGGAGAAGAGGAAGGAGGAGAGGACGAGGAGGAAGUUGAGGAGACAGUUUUGUGCUCCAAAGCCCCAGAGUCAAAAGCCUCUCCCGACAAAGAGAAGGCAGGGGACAAGGAGGUCAGUGGAGGAGAAGAGGAGGCAGGUGACAAAGAGGAGGGAGGUGAUCAGGACGAAGAUGCAGGUAGUGACAAAGAAUCCAAAAGUGGAGACGAGAAGGGGGAUGAGGGAAAGGAGGAUGUCAGCAAGGGUAAACUGAUAGAAAGCCCAAAAGAGGAAAAGAAGGAGAAAGAUGAGGAAGCGGAGGACAAAUCAGAUAAAGACAAGGAAACUGUGGCCAAGACUGAGACACAGUCCCCGAAACUAGGAUCCCCCAAAUCUGAAUCUCCCAAACCCAGCUCCCCAAAAGCUGAGUCUCCCAAGACGGAGUCCCCAAAACUAGGAUCCCCCAAAGCUGAGUCUCCUAAGUCCGAGUCGCCAAAACCCAGCUCCCCAAAAGCUGAAUCUCCUAAGACAGAGUCCCCAAAAGUAGAAUCCCCCAAAGCUGAGUCCCCAAAGACCGAGUCUGCCAAAUCCGAGGCUCCGAAGGCUGAUUCUCUCAAGGGUGCAGAGGAGAAGCAGGAGAAGAGUGAUUCGACCGAGGAGAAAACGGUCGAGAAGAAGGACAUCGCCAUGAACGGGGACUUGGACAAGAGCGAGGAUGACAAGGCAAAGCAAGAGGAGACCAAGGAGGUAGACAUUAUCACCAAUGGCGUGGAUGAAAGCCCCGCCAAGGAGGAUCCCAGCCAGAAGGUGGUGAUCACCAAGACGGUGGAGACCAUCACCACUGGGGAAGAUGGGGCCAAGCACGUCACCAAGUCCGUCACUGUUACCGAAACCGUGAAGGAGGUGGACGAGGUGGUGCAGGAGAAGAUGGUGUCCUCCAAGAAGACGGAAAAGCACUCUACCCAGUCCAUCACGCAGGUGACAGAAACCGAGUGA